UAAGUAGUGUCGUUUGCUUUUAGCUCUAAGUUUGUUCAUCCAAUCAUAUCCCAGUAUGCAAAUUAACAUUAGCCCAUUGAGAUAAAAAGGAACAAAUAAAGCCAAAUGCUCCAUCAGGACAAAUCUCUGAGCCUGUCACCUGUAUUCCAGGAACCGGACCAGAAAUGUCAUCCUCAGGUGUGCCCGACUUACCUGCCCCACUCGCCAAUUUGAAGAUUCAGUACACUAAGAUCUUCAUAAACAAUGAAUGGCAUAAUUCAGUGAGUGGCAAGAAAUUUCCCGUCUUCAAUCCAGCAACCGAGGAAAAACUCUGUGAGGUAGAAGAAGGAGAUAUGGCAGAUGUUGACAAAGCAGUGAAGGCUGCAAGACAAGCUUUUCAGAUUGGCUCUCCAUGGCGUACUAUGGAUGCUUCCGAAAGGGGACGGCUGCUAUGCAGGUUGGCUGAUUUAAUUGAAAGGGAUCGUCUGCUGUUGGCAACACUAGAGUCAAUGAAUGCUGGAAAAGUAUUUGCCAAUUCGUAUCUGAUGGAUUUAGGAGGCUGCAUAAAAACACUACGCUACUGUGCAGGCUGGGCUGACAAGAUCCAGGGUCGAACAAUACCAAUUGAUGGAAACUUUUUUACUUAUACAAGACAUGAGCCUAUUGGUGUGUGUGGUCAAAUCAUUCCUUGGAAUUUCCCACUGAUUCUGGUCAUUUGGAAGAUAGGACCUGCCCUUAGUUGUGGAAACACCGUGAUUCUCAAACCAGCAGAGCAAACCCCUCUCACGGCUCUUCAUGUGGCAUCUUUAAUAAAAGAGGCAGGGUUUCCUCCAGGGGUGGUGAAUAUUGUGCCCGGUUAUGGGCCCACCGCAGGAGCAGCCAUUUCAUCCCACAUGGACAUUGACAAAGUGGCGUUCACAGGAUCAACAGAGGUUGGCAAAAUGAUCAAAGAAGCUGCCGGGAAAAGCAAUCUGAAGAGGGUGGCCCUGGAGCUGGGUGGAAAGAGCCCCUGCAUUGUGUUUGCUGAUGCUGACUUGGACAGUGCAGUCGAAUCUGCCCACCAGGGAGUAUUCUUCCACCAGGGCCAAAUAUGUACAGCUGCAUCCAGACUUUUUGUGGAAGAAUCAAUUUAUGAUGAGUUUGUUCGAAAGAGUGUUGAGCGGGUUAAGAAGUAUGUUCUUGGAAAUCCUCUGACCCCAGGAGUAAAUCACGGCCCUCAGAUUGACAAGGAGCAAUAUGAUAAAAUACUUGACCUCAUUGAGAGUGGGAAGAAAGAAGGAGCCAAACUGGAAUGUGGAGGAGGCCCAUGGGGGAAUAAAGGCUACUUUAUUCAGCCCACAGUUUUCUCUAACGUUACAGAUGAGAUGCGCAUUGCCAAAGAGGAGAUAUUUGGACCAGUCCAGCAAAUCAUGAAGUUUAAAUCUUUAGAUGAUGUGAUCAAGAGAGCAAACAACACUUUCUACGGUUUAGCGGCAGGAAUCUUUACCAACGACAUUGAUAAAGCUCUAACAGUCUCCUCUGCGCUGCAGGCGGGGACAGUGCGGGUGAAUUGCUAUGGCGUGGGAUCUGCCCAGAUCCCCUUUGGGGGAUUCAAGAUGUCUGGAAAUGGCCGAGAAAUGGGAGAAUAUGGCUUAUAUGAAUACACGGAAGUCAAGACAGUCACGAUGAAAAUUUCCCAGAAAAAUUCAUAA